UUUAUAAAAACUGGGCGAGGGCUGCGGACAAAUAAGGCCCUUCAUAAAGGGGAGAUAAUCCUGUCCAUUCCAGAAAGUGCACUUAUCACAACAAACACAGUGUUCAGGAGUGAUGUUGGCGCAAUACUUAAAAAAUGUGUUCCACCCCUGAGCCCUCAGAGAGUCCUGUCCGUCUUCCUGGUGUGGGAAUGGGAGAAGGGUGCCACCUCAUCCUGGUACCCCUACAUCCAGACCCUACCACCCACAUUUAGCACACCACUGUACUUCACAGGGAAAGAGUUGGAAAGGCUUCCACCAAAUGCAUAUAUGAAGUCCAUCUCUGAGCAGACAAGAGUUCAAGAUAUUUUUGCAAAUAUCAGGGAUUUCCUGAGAAAACACUGUCCUGAUUUUAACAUUUUUACAUAUGAAAGAUUCCGCUGGGCCUGGUGUGUUGUUAAUACCCGAUCUGUGUAUGUGAAGAUACUGGAGUCCCCGUACCUGUCACUGACGGAGAGAGAAACAAAUGUCGCACUAGCUCCCUACCUCGACUUGCUGAAUCAUUCUGCAGAAGCCAAGAUAGAGGCCAGGUUGAACAGGGAAAGCCGCCGAUAUGAGAUUGUCACAGCUGAUAAGUACCAGAAAUACGACCAGGUCUUUAUCAACUACAACCCUUACAGCAAUGAUGAGCUCUUCAUAGAAUAUGGAUUUACUCUCCCAGACAACCCCUUCAACGUGUAUGAGUUCACUACAGCUGACCUAGAAAUCCUGAGGCACAAGUUUUCUGUGGACAACUGGGACAGGAAGAUGGAUAUCAUUGGGGAAAUGAAACUCAAAAAUGACCUGACCUGCCGCACAGACGGGAUGGCAUGGAACCUCCACACACUACUCAGAAUAACUGCCAUGAGCUGUGAUGAACUUAACAAUUGGAGAGCAGUAUAUAUGGGAGAGGUAUCACAAGAAAACGAAGUCAGAACUCUCAACUUUGCCAAGGUUCUUCUUCAAGUGGCUUUGGUCAAGAUUAAGAAGUACUUGGUGAGUGAAAGAGAUUUGCUGUCUGAACAUGAAACACUGGCCUUGACCUUGGUUCAGGACAAGAAACACGUUUUGGAGCAGACUCUCAGUGGCCUCCUGAAUUAACAACUCCAGAGUCACAGGCAGUUAGUACUUGAAAUACACAAUGCCAUUUUAGAAAGUGGUCAAAUGUAACAUAUGUUAUAUUUGGGAUUACACUUUCUUAGUAAAGUACCGAUUCUAGUACUUUUUGGGUUGA